UAGAGAGAGAAAGUUUGUUUUACACAGAGAGAAAGAGAGAGAGAGAGAGGCAGCUCGGGAGGGAGAGAGAGAGGGAAACAAUUCUUCUUCUCUUUCGUUUCUAGAAAGAGAAAACUUGUUCUACGUAGAGAGAAAGCUUCGGUUAGCUCUCUAUCUCGUCAUCUGAAAUUGAUCGGUUCUUUGUUUCAGUUACAAGAUCUAGUUAUAUAUUUGGUGGUUUUCUGCAUUUGGGAUCGAAGACGGGGUAGAACGAUGUCGUCUCUCAGUAGAGAGCUGGUGUUCUUGAUCUUACAGUUUCUUGAUGAAGAAAAGUUCAAAGAAACUGUUCACAAGCUCGAACAGGAAUCAGGGUUUUUCUUCAAUAUGAAAUAUUUUGAGGAUGAAGUGCAUAAUGGCAAUUGGGACGAGGUUGAAAGGUACCUCUCCGGUUUCACAAAAGUGGACGACAAUCGUUAUUCAAUGAAAAUCUUUUUUGAGAUUAGGAAGCAAAAGUAUCUUGAGGCAUUGGAUAAGCAUGAUCGAUCGAAAGCUGUAGAAAUACUAGUAAAGGAUUUAAAGGUAUUUGCCACAUUUAACGAGGAGCUUUUCAAGGAAAUCACUCAGCUUUUGACGUUGGAGAAUUUUAGGGAGAAUGAACAGUUGUCAAAAUAUGGAGAUACUAAAUCCGCAAGAGCAAUAAUGUUGGUUGAGCUCAAGAAACUUAUUGAAGCGAAUCCGUUAUUCCGUGAUAAAUUGCAAUUUCCUAAUCUUAAAAAUUCAAGGCUAAGGACUCUUAUCAACCAGAGCUUGAAUUGGCAGCAUCAAUUGUGUAAGAACCCACGCCCAAAUCCAGAUAUCAAAACUCUAUUUGUGGAUCAUUCAUGUGGGCAACCAAAUGGUGCAAGAGCACCAUCACCUGCAAACAAUCCACUGCUUGGAUCAUUGCCAAAAGCUGGGGGUUUCCCUCCUUUAGGUGCCCAUGGGCCAUUCCAACCUACUCCUGCACCAGUUCCAACACCCCUUGCGGGUUGGAUGUCUAAUCCUUCCACUGUUACUCACCCAGCAGUUUCUGGAGGGGGAGCUAUUGCUCUUGGUGCACCAUCAAUUCCAGCUGCUUUGAAACAUCCAAGGACUCCACCUACAAAUCCUUCUGUAGAUUAUCCAUCUGGCGACUCAGAUCAUGUUGCAAAAAGAACCAGGCCCAUGGGGAUUUCAGAUGAGGUAAAUCUGCCUGUUAAUGUGUUGCCAGUGACAUUUCCAGGCCAUAGCCACAGUCAGGCAUUUAAUGCACCUGAUGACUUGCCAAAAACUGUAGUUCGCAUUUUGAACCAGGGUUCAUCUCCUAUGAGCAUGGAUUUUCAUCCUCUUCAACAGACUUUACUCCUAGUUGGCACCAAUGUUGGGGAUAUAGCCUUGUGGGAAGUUGGUUCUAGGGAACGCCUGGUUCUAAAGAACUUCAAAGUUUGGGAUCUUAGUGCAUGUUCAAUGCCUCUGCAGGCUUCUCUGGUAAAAGAUCCUGGUGUAUUUGUCAACCGCGUAAUUUGGAGCCCUGAUGGUUCCUUGUUUGGAGUUGCAUACUCAAGACACAUAGUUCAAAUUUAUUCUUAUCAUAGGGGUGAUGAUGUGCGGCAGCACCUAGAGAUUGAUGCUCAUGUGGGAGGAGUAAAUGAUCUAGCAUUCUCAACUCCAAACAAGCAACUUUGCGUGAUAACUUGUGGUGAUGACAAGACCAUCAAGGUGUGGGAUGCUGCUACUGGUGCGAGACAGUAUACAUUUGAAGGUCAUGAAGCUCCAGUCUAUUCUGUCUGCCCUCACUACAAGGAAAACAUUCAGAUUUUCAGCAGCUGCUGCUGCAGCUGCAGCUGCAGCUGUGCUACUAGUGCUGGACUAGCAGAUAGAGCUGCUUCUGUGGUAUCUAUCCCUGGAAUGAAUGGAGAUGCUCGAAGUUUGGGAGAUGUGAAACCUAGAAUCACUGAGGAGUCCAAUGAUAAAUCGAAAAUUUGGAAGCUCACAGAAAUCAAUGAACCAUCUCAAUGUCGGUCCUUAAGGCUUCCUGAAAAUUUGAGAGUGACCAAGAUAUCAAGGUUAAUUUUCACAAAUUCCGGUAAUGCCAUAUUGGCUCUGGCAUCAAAUGCUAUUCAUCUAUUAUGGAAAUGGCAACGGAGUGAACGAAAUGCAACUGGCAAGGCGACAGCCAACGUGUCACCUCAACUUUGGCAACCAUCUAGUGGUAUUCUGAUGACUAAUGAUGUUACGGACACAAAUCCUGAAGAGGCUGUGCCCUGCUUUGCUUUGUCCAAAAAUGAUUCAUAUGUUAUGUCAGCAUCUGGUGGAAAGAUUUCUUUAUUUAAUAUGAUGACUUUUAAGACAAUGGCCACCUUUAUGCCACCACCACCAGCAGCAACAUUUCUUGCAUUUCAUCCUCAAGAUAACAAUAUUAUUGCUAUUGGCAUGGAUGACUCCACAAUACAGAUAUAUAAUGUCCGUGUAGAUGAGGUUAAAAGCAAGCUCAAAGGACAUUCUAAAAGAAUAACUGGCCUUGCUUUCUCUCAUGCACAGAAUGUGCUAGUUUCAUCAGGGGCCGAUGCUCAGCUCUGUGUAUGGAAUACGGAUGGAUGGGAGAAACAAAAAACUAGAUCCUUGCAGCUUCCAUCUGGGAGGACAACAACUACACAGUCAGAUACACGUGUGCAAUUUCAUCAAGACCAGAUUCACUUCCUCGUCGUACACGAGACUCAACUUGCCAUAUACGAAACUACAAAGCUAGAAUGCCUAAAGCAGUGGGGUCCACGUGAAUCAUCUGCUCCAAUUACUCAUGCAACAUUCUCAUGUGAUAGCCAGCUGGUUUAUGCCAGCUUUAUGGAUGCAACUGUCUCUGUUUUCAGUGCUCUAAACCUCCGACUGCGUUGUACUAUCAACCCUUCUGCUUAUCUGCCUGCUAGUGUCAGUAAUUCUACCGUUCACCCUCUUGUGAUUGCUGCACAUCCACAAGAACCGAAUCAGUUUGCGUUGGGGCUCUCAGACGGUGGAGUUCAUGUCUUUGAGCCCCUUGAAUCUGAAGGCAAAUGGGGUGUUCCUCCACCUGCUGAGAAUGGAUCAACAAGCAGCGUGCCUGCUACACCUCCAGUUGGAGCUUCAGGCUCAGAUCAAGCCCAGAGAUAAUGAAGUGGUUGCCAGAAUACAAGUUCUUUUACAUGCUUGCUGGCCCAUUCCUAAUUUAGUUGAGGUUGAUAUGUAAUUUACUUGAAGAACAAGCUGCAAAGAUGUAGAUUUGACAUGUUGGAUCUGAUACUAUGUAAGGUAAAUGCCGUAGGGACAUCGACAGUAAAAUAUUUCUUUCUUGUUUCUCCCUUUAGAAAGAAAUUAUAAAGGAAAAUUUUUAUGUUUUC